AUGUCAGAGGCAGAUCCGGACGACGUCUACGCCAGCGAUGAGUACGAGCUUGAUUCGCCUGCGCACUCUCCACCAUCCUCUAUGCACUUGCAUCAAUCUCAAGAUCGUUUUACAACUCUAAACACACUCCAUUCCGAUGCCAAUGUUUCAGAAAGUGAAUCACAAGCCGUCACACUAAAAUCGAUACCAAAAUCUAAGCCAAAGCAAAUGUCUCGCGAGUCUGACAGUGUCAGUAGACAUCAUUUGCUGGAUAAUACUCCAUGGACGUAUAUAAUUGUGGCUUCACAAGUCCGUAUGCUACGAGUCCCAUUAGCUGACUCAAUAGCAAUUCGAGAGCUGCGGGUCUAUGCAACAAUUGACAAACAGGCAUUUCAAUCUCAGGGAUCAAGAUGGAAACACGAGCUACACUCCAUAAAGAGGGAUUUUUCCACAAAUUUUGCUAAGAAGCAGGAAGUUCAUACCAAAUCAUCACGGCGAGUGCAGCCGUAUCGACGAAGUGGAAUGAUGGAGGAAGCGAGGUGGGUGCGAGGCGACGGGCAGCUGCAAUGGACUUUCCCGAUGGAAAAGUUUCGUCGUUUAAAAGCAUAUUCACCAAGGAUCAAGGCGUUUGUGUAUGGCAUUAGAGAAGCAGGACCGUUGCAAACCUUGCAAACCCAAAUGGAAACUCUCGCGCAUCAAGUGAAACAGGGACAUAUCUUGAGCUUUGGAUGGUUCUUUCUCGACUUAAGAACUCCCGACCUUCCUGAACGGUGGCAUAAGUUGCAAAACUCUCCUUUUGGUGGUGAGAUCCUGGUUUCCAGCACCUUCUUGCCAAAAGAGAAAUCACUCACACAGCAGCUACCCAAUGUUACAAUGGCACAAUUUGGUGACAAAGCAUCUACUGUUGUGCGACAUGACACAAAAAUACUCACAAUCUUCGAGACGGAAGCUGUGUCAGCUGCAGCUCCAAAUAAUAGUGGAGAAUUUUUGCGAAUUGGUGAUGGCGAAGGUCAGGACGUUUUUGUGCUGUCGGUUUUUAUACAAGGAGCCUUCAAUCUUGCGGAAGUGGUGAAAACCUCAAUGGGAGAGAUACGACAAGAAUCGGAGCGGACUGGAUACUGGCUUAGUUACUCGCUCUUCGACAUUGUGGUCCAGACAGAUAUCUUCUUUAAUGUGGAUGUUGCUGAAUUUCCGCCUAUUCGCGAUAGCUUUCGCUUAAAAAGUAGCGUGAAGAAUCUAGAACAGUGUCUUGAGGCUUUGGAAAAACUCACUGUGUUUUUAUGUACUGAAAACCGAGUGCUUGCCGGAGUGGAAAUUCCGCUAAAGUUAUUGCUUACCAACGGUUUUUUUGCAGAAAUAAGAAUGGAAGGAAAAAAGUUGGAACUCGGUGACAAGUCCGUUUUCGAGGGCAAAUUCCCGUUUCCUGACUUCAACGAUACCUUAAUCUCUGCAUCUAUCACGGUAGAAUUUGUUGAACCGACUUCGUAUACGGAUAGGAUUCAUCACAAUGAUCCAAAGUACAAGGCAGAUGAAGCAGCUGACAGUGAUGCACAGGACCAAUUGAAUUUGAAGGGAAAUAAUGCAAUCAACGCAAGUAUUGAGUCAGACGGUCCGGUCUCCUUCAAGCUAGAUCAUCUACGUUUGAAAAGGUCAGCACUAUACUCUUUUAACGGUCACGAAAACGUAUGCAUCGAGCUACAAAUUGGCCACAAUACAGCAACGGGCAUAUUGGUAAUUUUUUCCUACACCAAUAGGCAAGUAUUUGCAACUUGUCAGGCACUUGACGAGACUGUCGUGGAAUCUUUGCGUCACAUUGUGCUUGAUACAGACAUUCGUGUGAAAUGUUUUUCAUCAGUUUCUGACACUGUGGUUGCAGAGUCUUCGCAAUGUGUAAAAAUAGUUGGUGACGAUGAAGGCUACCCAAGAUCGAUCGUAGUUCAAUUGCAAAACAAAUCAAGACAGGUUGUGGGGCAAUGCACGUUAUCAUGUUUACGUGGGUCUCAGAGACCUAACCGUGAAUAUAUUUAUGAUGCAAGCGGAAAAAGUCGACUCUAUCAACUAUGUAUAAAGCUAGAAUCAAUUCGCGACUUCCUUUCACCCGGAGGGUAUACACUUCGCUACCAGAAUCCAUUCCUCAAUUCAGCGCAAGUCACAAGUGACUGGUUUACCUUGAAGAACACGGGUAGGAUGAAGACAAUAAACUUUUAUUGCAUUUUCGACUUGAUCAGAAAUCCACUACAACUGAAACAAGAAAUGCAAGGAUUGGUCAACAUUGAUCUAAUCUCAAGCGAUGAAGAAAUAAUUGGAAGUGCAAUCUUCAGUUUGAGCUACUUGUAUUUCUCAGAAGAACACUUUUGCUGCUCUUCGGAAAACUGCGAUAAGAUAUUCCUAUCCCAAGCUGAAACCGAGGCUCACUGGCUGGAAGUUCAUACUGAAUCAGCCCUUCCGGUUACUCAAGCUAAACACGAGGGAUAUUCACAUUCGUACCGCAGUUGCUCGAUUAAUAUCCCAAUUGUCAGUUUUGGAAGCAAUGACGAGUCGAGUGAUCAACGAUCAAAUCGUCUAGGAUCCAUAUGUGUGUCAGCGUACUUGGAAGAUACUGGAUUGCUAACUGAGGAACGUGCGUCCGCUCGAAAUGCAGUACUUGCUCUGCUUCGAUCUCCAUUUCAAGAAAAAGCGAUUAAUUAUGAUGAAACGCAAGUCGAACUGCGGCUAGUAGAGGCUGCAGUGCCAAACCAAGACCACUCAAAUAAUCUGCCAGUCGUACUAGAAGCCAAUGAAUUUAGUGAAUCGAUACCAGCCAUAAACGAAUUUUCUACAGCUGAAGCUGUUGCUCAAAAGCAACAUCAAAGGACUGAAGAGGAGAGAUUGCGUGAACAAGCAAAGAAAGUAGCACAACUACACGAGGUUUUGGAGCGCGAAAGAAGUGCUUGGAAGCAUGAACAACAUCUUCAGCAAUUGCAAUGGAAACGACGCUUUGCCGAGAUUGAAAAGUCUAGAAUGGACGAACUUGAAGAAGAAUGGGCUCGCCGGGAAGAAGAGAGGAGCAGCUUGCUUAAAUCUGCGCAGGAAGAAUACCAGCAGCUGGAACAAACGCUUCGAGACUCGUUGUCUAACUUGGAGACGAGGGAGCGUUGUCUCGCGGUGGCUGAAGCCGCUUUGCAGCGGGAGCAAGAGGUCAAGCGCGAUGAAAACGAAUCUUUGCAGCGCCGUUUAAAAAGUGAGCAACGCCACACGCUGGCGUUGACAAAGAAGGAGACAGACGCCUAUGAACGACGCGUACAAUUGUUAGAGUCUCAGCUGAGUGAUGCAGAACGGCGAGCCAAGCAAGUUGAAGCAGAUUUUGCCGAGUAUCGACAGCAACAGCGCAAGCUUCCCGAGUCCAAACUACGUGAAGAGAUUGCGGCUCUUAAAGGCAAUGUUUCCGAGCUAGAAAAGCAAAAAAUGCUUAAAGAGCGUGAGUGUGAAGGUGCCACAGCAAGCGUCGAGAAGAUGAAAGCACAGCUUGACCAAAUGGCCAAUUUGCUAACUAGAGAAAAAAAGAAGCACGAAGCACGAGUAGUAGAUGAACUGGAAAAACUUCGUGUAAAAUACGUUGCUCGAGAGGAGAAAUACGUGCUGGAUGGUGAUCGAGAUGAAUUACGAGCGAUUAAGCAGCAGUUAGACGAGUUAAAGGGGUUUAAAUUGCGGAGCAAAAGUGGAUACAGAAGAUUUUAUAAACAACGUCCGAACGGACCAGCUUCACGUAGCUAUUGCUCACAACAAUCUGCGAUGAUACACCAGUCACGCUCACCAAGUGAGUCCAAUCGUAAAUCUCAAAUUGAGAAUGCAUUUCAAAAUGGAAACAAUUGGGACACGUUUUCGUCUGUAGAAGGCAUAUACCCAGGCACGUUUUCCGAGUCAAGAACUCACGGGCCACUGAGCGAACAAGAUGAAUCAAGAUCCCAUUUGAUUGUAAUCAGCCACCGAGGCUCAGAGGCGACUGAAAAGGUUGUCGAUCAAGUUGGAUUACGCAGCUCUGUUGACUCUAGUGCUGCACAAACUACUAUCGAACUUGGUCGACUCCUACGCGAGCGGAAAAUGCUGCUGGUUAGUGGGGCAUACGAUACCCAAAGUUAUUUGGUUCGAGAGCUUGACCGACUUAUUAGCAUCGCGAAAGAGAACUCGGACAAUAACCAUUAG